AUGACACGAGGGCCCGGAAAGGCCCGCGACUUCGACUACUCCAAUGUGGGAACCAAGGGAAGGCGCACUGGCAUAUCUCUAAAAGAGGGUCGACGCGACGAACAUGGAAUGGAAGAAGUAGACGGUCUCUUCUCAUCUCCUGAAAAGUCGCCUGUCGAGUUGAAUGGCUUUGAAGACGUGGAAAAUGACUCUUCAGUUGGGUCCGAGGGCAUGUCGAUGGAUGAAGGCAAUGCGCCAGAUCCCAUGGACUUCCUCAAGGGCACAAAUGGCUCACGUACCUCUUUUCUCCCCCCGCCUGCUGCGCGGUCGCCGAUGAAGACUAGUCCCACUAGGUCUCCGCGAAGGACUCCAGCGUUGCAAUCAACUCCAGACCCGCCGGAUAUUCUUGAGUCGUCUAGUCCGUCUGACGGCAAAAGUUUCGCGGGCGCACAGGGAGAAUCGCGUCAAGAUCCAUCUCCUCUUUCCACUCGAUCGGUGAACGUUGGUCGCUCAAACCAAAGGAAUGGCACACGGCUAAAACCCACGACAAAAGCACAACUAGCAGCAGAAUUUGAGCCCGCAGUCAUACAUGACUUUUCCGACUUUUCCGACGACGACGAGAACGCGAAUGCAUUCGCCGCAGUACAACAAGAUUUCGGUGACAGUCUGAAUGUCGAUUCUGAUUCGGUUGCUGCAGAGGAGCUACACGAUUCUCCCGGACAAACCCAACACGAUCAUGACGGCAAUUCAUCUACGGCCGACACAACUCCGCCUCGCGAAGAACCCGUUGUAACCUCCAAGCCAACAAAGAAGGCCGCGCCGAAGACUGCCAAGGCAGACAAGGGACAGGCGAAACCCCCCGUGCCGCGUGGACGUCCAAAGUCUCAGCGCCGUAACGUUGAAGAAGAUGCCGACCCUAGGCCAACCAAAAAGCGGAACACCACCAAAACAUCUCCGCCGGCGCGUGAACCUUUGGAGCCAGAAUUAGAUCGAGUGGUUGAGAAUUAUACCAACCGCACAGGUCCUUUAAAAGGCCGAAGCUUGUAUAUUCUAAAACGCGAAAAUCCCACCGACAACAGUGCGACCCACACUCGAUCUGGGCGGGUUUCCGUCCGACCACUAGCAUACUGGCGCAAUGAACGAUGUGUCUUCGGUGAUGGGGAGGCAGCCGAGGGACAUCGAUAUCCUCUUUCAACCAUUAAAGAGGUCAUUCGUACCGAAGAGCAAGAGCCCGAAAAGAAGAAGAAGAAAGGGAAACGCUCAACGUCCCACAAGUCUAAGUCUAAGAAACAAAAGGAUGACUCUUCGGACGAGGAUGAAGAUGUUGAUCUCUGGGAGAAGGAAGGCGGUGUUCUUCAUGGCUACACCCUCAAAUGGGACGGGAAAACACAGACCAGUUCGAAGGAGGAGGAAGUCCUAGACAUUGCAUAUGCUCCCUCUGGGAUCGAAACCAGAGAAGUCAAAGACUCAACAUUCCGAUUUGCAAAGCUGCUUAGCUCGUCGUUCAUCGGGUCUGGGGUUGUGGAACUCCCACCUGACGGAGUCAAGAAACCCAAGAACUCGAAGAAAAUGCACAUGGUCUUUUAUGUCUGUCACGGGCGUGUUCAAGUGGAUAUCUCAGGUGUCCAGUUUAGUGCCGGAAAGGGUUGUGUUUUCCAAGUUCCUCGUGGUAAUUAUUACAGCUUUGCAAACACCUAUCAAAAAGAGGCUCGGCUUUUCUUCACACAAGGCUGUGUCCCCGAUGAGAACGAGAACGAAGACGACACCCCGCAGAUGUCUCAGGAUGCCGGCCCUGAGAGCGAAUUUGAAGCCGACACUCCCACCGCUCCUGUUCAUGCCCCUGCUAAGAAAGCCAAGGGUCGCCCCAAGGGCAAGCAGAAGAAGGCUGGCAAAUGA